AUCUGUGCAGUAAGAACAUAUGGGGGAUUUGAGCAAGAAUUUCCAGUCUCACAGGACUAUUACCUAUUACUAGUAAUUUAGCAUGGGCAUUGCCUGUGCAUUUGUGGUGGUGUCCCCUUACCCUGGUAUGUGACACCCAUUCUUCCAGGCAGCUGAAGGCAUGAACACAUGGGAACGGGGUAGAAAUAUGGCACAAAUGUGUUGUCAUUCUAUAAGGACUCAGGGACACCAUGUGUGCUUGGAUUAGAGAGUAGGAAAUAUCGCACAAAUGGUGCGUAAGGUCAGGGUAGGUCAAACAUGGCUUCCGUGGAGGACAAAGCUGGGAUGGAACCUGGAACACAACAACUGAAUGCGAAGGAAGUGCCCACAACAUGCCUGGGGACACAGGGCUGUUUCUUCCGACGCUCGCGACGUCAGCGAAACACUUCGCUAUCGAUGGAACUGAUUGAGGCGGCAGAAGAAGGUGAGGUGACGAGAAUACAGAGACUGGUGAAGAGAGGGGCGGAUGUGAAUGUGGGAGAUCCAGACAGACAAGGUAACAGUGCCCUACACCAGGCUGUACUGAAGGGCCAUGCAGAUGUGGUACAGCUACUGCUGAAUGCUGGCAGCCAGAUCAACAUCAAAAACCAGGAUGGAGACACGCCUCUGCAUUGUGCUGCAUCCUCCAACAUGCAGGGAAUCCUCAAGCUCCUAGUAAACUACUCAGGGUGCAGUAUCAAUGCCAAAAACUAUCAUGGUGACACAGCCCUCCACUGUUCAGCUCGGUGUGGACACACAGACGUGGCCAGACAUCUCAUCAGUCUGCCAGGGAUCCAGGUCAACAUGAAAAACAAUCUGGGCUACACAGCACUCCACAUCUCAGCUGCGGCUUGCAGGUGUGACCUGGUCAACAUGUUCCUAGAGGAUGAUGGGUGUCAGCUGGACAGCAGGAACAAGCAUGGGAACACACCUCUCCACGAGGCAGCUAUGAACGGCUGUGUAGAUGUUGUCAGGCAGCUGGUCAACGCUAACUGUGAUGUCAAGGCAGAAAACAAGGAUGGGAACACUCCUCUGCACAGCGCUGCCUGGGGAGGCCACUGUGAGGUGGCCAGGCUCCUCAUCACAGGGGGAACAAACAUCAACACAAGAAACAGUAAUGGAGACACCCCCCUCCACGUAGCAGCUCAGAUGGGACACAGUGAGGUCGCACACACUUUAAUCCACGCAGGGUGUCAUCUCAACAUACUCAACUAUGACAAUAUGACGGCUCGAGACAUUUGCCAAGAUCACAAAGACGACAACCACAAGGAGAUUGUGGCAGAGAUAGACUCUAUUACAAGAAUUAAGAAUGACACAGCAACUAGAAGUCUUGCUGACAUUGUGCUUAUAGAAAUUAAAGGUGUGUUGAGCGAUGAGAGCCUGUGGAAGCUGUCCAAGUGUAUAGGUUCGGAGUGGGACACCAUGAUGGUGUAUCUGGGCUUCCACCAAAUGGACAUCGUCAGGGUCAGGCUGGAGUUCUUCUGCGACAUGAACCUACAGAUCUACUCGUUGUUGAAAGAGUGGAGAAACAGAACACCCCCAGCUCAGGAGAAACUGGGUAUUCUGGCUGACGCUCUGAGGGAAGUGGGUAGGAAAGACCUGGCAGAGAACCUUCUGAUUGGGAUUGUGAGUGAACCACCGGGGGAGGAGACCCAGAUCUAACUGGGAUUGUUCCUGUUUGUUUGUUGUUUGUGUGUUACUUACGCCAAAAAGUAGUUACUCAAGCAACUGGAUAUGGUUUUGGAAACGGUCAGACGUUUUGGAUAGAGUCCACUAUCCUUCGUCAGUGACACUGAAGUG